AUGUCCGAGGAUACCCCGCUAUUACUGGAUAAUCCGAUGACUCAAUCGGAGGCGUUGCCAAAACCGCAGGCGCCGGCUAAACCGAAAGCGCCCACCCAGGCCAACCGGCUGCUGAAGAUUGCCCAACUGCCUAAAAUCGGGUUGCAGCGGACCCUGAGAACAACCCAGAAGCUCAAGUUACUUCCCGAGGACCCUAAUAACUUAGGUGAAGAUGAUGAUGAUGAUGAUGAUGACGAUGAUGAUCUGGGGGUGGUAGCUCCUCCUAAAGUGUAUUCCCAGGCGAAGAAGAUUACCAACACAAGUGCUCGUAAAGACGCCAUGACCUUGAGCAAAGCUCACCGUGACAUGUUACCACGGGUUACUGCUUACUGUACAUGCGGGCUGUAUAAGAUGAAGGACUUAUUCCGGUGGCUUAAAGAUCGUAAGCGCAUUCACAACACGUCGCCAAAAUUGUUCGAUGAAUGCUUAUAUUCGACAUUUACUUAUAAGGACUGGAGAGGGCUGCAUUUAGAUGAGAGUCUGCAUAAGAUCAUCAGACUUGCUGACGACGGUGGUGAAAUUGAUGUUGGCAAGAAGAACGAAAUCUUCAUUUUUGAAUAUGGCGUCAUUGUCAUGUGGGGCUACACUGUACGCGAGGAGCAGGCAUUUAGAGAAGACUUAGCCCGUUUUGAGAACGAGAAGUUGGCUCCUGAAGACGUCCAGGUGGAUGAGUUCAACUACUACAUUACCAAACUGUACCAACCCCGGAUUUACAACGAUUUCAUUACCCUCCGUGAUGAUAACAACUACAUGCUUAAGUUGCUGAUUUCCCAUGCGUUGGCCCAAUCGGUAAAGAUCUCUCUUUUCGAAGAGUUGGUCGACAAUACUAUUGAGGACACGCAAGAUAUCCCGCAACAGAUCGCGCAAACGGGUAAAGUGGAAAUGAGCAGAGAGGAGAUUAUGAAGCUGAUCGGUGAGCUUUUCAUUUUACGUAUCAAUAUCAAUUUGCAUGGCCUGGUGCUUGACCUGCCAGAGCUCAUGUGGGCUGAACCCCAUUUGGAGCCCAUUUAUCAAGCCACUCGUGGCUACUUGGAAAUCAACCAACGUGUCGAGUUAUUAAAUCAGCGGUUGGAAGUAAUUUCCGAUUUAUUGUCGAUGCUCAAAGAACAGUUGGGACAUUCUCAUGAGGAAAAUCUUGAAUUCAUCGUGGUUGUUUUGGUGGGGGUGCAAGCAGUGGUAAGUAUCAUCAACAUCAUAGUUGAUGUGUUGACUUACAAAAAGUGA